CUGCUCACGUCACCCACGAAUUACAGACCCACAAAGGGAUACAGGGUAAAGGUAGCGGACGGAGAUACGUUCCCUGUGACCUGUAGCCUGCAGGUCUUCCUCCAGGGCUCUUUUUUCUGCCGACUACUCCUAAUUGACAGCCAUUGGAGCGAUUUUUUCCCCUCCACCUCAGAUACUUAAAGCGUGGUCAAGAAAGUGUGGAACUUUUACUCGAUAUUCUUCUUCAUCUUUCUUCUGAUCUUGAAGAUCAAUUUUGGAUAAACGAAAUUCAAGGAGGAAAGAUAAAAGAUAAAAGAUUGAGAAAUGUCUUUGGAAGGUGAGAAACAUCAUGCCAGUGUGGCUAUAAGUGCGGAUGAACGUAGAAGAGCUGCUUUGGCAGAGAUUGACGAGGCCAAGUUUUCUUGGUUUCAUGUCAAAGCAUGUAUCGUCGCUGGUGUUGGUUUCUUCACCGAUGCUUACGACAUUUUCGGAAUUUCUAUCGCUGCUCAGAUGAUAGGUUAUGUCUACCACGCUGGAGGAUCCAACACCUCUAACCAGGAUCUUGGGAUCAAAGUCGCUCAUUCCGUCGGGACGGUGUUUGGACAAUUGGCAUUCGGUUACUUGGCGGAUCAUGUGGGUAGGAAAAGGAUGUACGGGUUUGAACUUAUCAUCAUCAUCAUCGGGACCCUUGGUCAGGCUGUCGCUGGUCAAGCACCUGGCGUCAAUAUCUACGGAGUGUUGGUGAUGUAUCGCUUCAUCAUGGGCAUGGGAAUCGGUGGAGAUUAUCCUCUGUCGGCUGUGAUCACCUCGGAGUUCGCCGCGAGACGUAUCCGUGGUAGAAUGAUGGCUGCUACUUUCUCCGCUCAAGGAUGGGGUAACUUCUCAUGCGCCAUCGUCUCUGUCAUCGUCGUCUCGGCCUACAAAAACUCCAUCAUCAACGAACCCGUCACUCAUCUCCGUUCAGUCGACCAAUGUUGGAGAUUCGUCAUUGGACUCGGUGCUGUACCCGGUGCCAUCGCUCUUUACUUCCGUCUCACCAUUCCUGAAACUCCUCGAUACACCAUGGAUGUAGAACGUAACAUCAAACAAGCCUCUCAAGACGUGGACACUUAUCUUACCACCGGAACCUACGUUGUGGAUCCUAUUCACAAUGUCGAACGUGCCGAAGUACCCGUCGCCUCUUGGUCAGACUUCAUCCGUCAUUUCGGUCAAUGGAAAAACGGUAAAGUUCUCCUUGGAACAGCAUGGUCUUGGUUCGCUCUUGAUGUCGCUUUCUACGGUCUUGGUUUGAACUCUUCCGUCAUUCUCAAAACCAUCGGUUUUGGUACAUACACAGGUGGAACGAAAUCUUUCAACAUUUAUCAAUCGUUAUACAAUGUCUCUGUGGGAAACAUCAUUUUGGCUGUGGGUGGUUUGAUCCCUGGUUAUUACUUCACAAUGGCUUUGGUAGAUUCUUGGGGAAGGAAACCUAUCCAGUUAAUGGGUUUCUCAGUUUUGACAGUAAUUUUCGUUUGUAUGGGAUUCGGAUAUGAUGCUAUGCAAAAGACGGAUAGUGGGAAGAAAGCUUUCGUGUUUUUGUAUUGUAUGGCAAACUUUUUCCAAAACUUUGGACCAAACACUACUACUUUCAUCGUCCCCGGUGAAGUAUUCCCGACUCGUUAUCGUUCCACCGCCCACGGUAUCUCCGCCGCAUCGGGAAAAAUCGGAGCUAUCAUCUCUCAAGUUGGUUUCUCACGUAUGAUCAAUAUUGGUGGAACUGGUAAAUUCCUUAAACACAUUUUGGAAAUUUUCGCUUUGUUCAUGGCUACUGGUAUUGCUUCAACUCUCCUCCUCCCUGAAACCAAAAACCUCACCCUCGAGGAUCUUUCCCAAGAAGAACAAAUCGGUUUCGUCCGUGAUUCCACCGUGGCCAUGGCUGUGCAGGAGAAACACAAUAGCCAAGAAGAGGGUGUUUCGCCUAUGUGAACACAUUUUCAGGGUUGGUAUUUAGACCAUUUCUUCUCACUCCUUAAUUCAGCUUGAAUGCAUCGUGAUGUCCUGUCGUU